CAGUGUUACACACAUAGGAAAGGGGCUGGGUUAUACGAGCCGGUCAGCUACUUCCUGGUGUCCGCUGUCUGUUUUGGCUGCGCUCGUGCGCGAAGGUGUUUAAUACAUCGGUUCAUAGAGACGAGCGAUGGGAGUUCACGGGCUGUGGAAGCUGCUGGAAAGCACAGGGAAACCCAUUAACCCCGAGACACUGGAGGGCAAGAUCCUGGCUGUGGAUAUCAGCAUCUGGUUGAACCAGGCCGUGAAGGGGGUGAGGGACCGCGAGGGGAACAGCGUGCAGAAUGCACAUUUGCUCACUCUGUUUAACCGACUCUGCAAGCUCCUCUUCUUCCGAAUCCGUCCGGUCUUCAUCUUCGAUGGUGAAGCACCGCUCCUCAAAAAGCAGACCCUGGCCAACAGGAGACAGAGGAAAGAGGAGAUGAGUGUGGCUUCCAGGCAGACCAACGAGAAACUCCUCAAGACCUUCCUUAAGAGACAAGCCAUUAGAGCUGCAAUGGGCGGUGCCAGUCAAGAGCCACUGCCAAGCAUAUCCUCUGUUAGAAGAGAAGAAGUGGAUGAUAUUUACGUGCUACCUGCCCUGGAAAAAAAUGAGCAAAGCAGCUCUGAAGAUGAGGCAGAAGCAGAAUGGGAGGAGAACAUACAGAAUCAACACGGGAUACAGGAUGAGAUCUUUCAGAAUUUGAACUCCAUGGACAUCGACUCAGAGGAAUUUGCUCAGUUGCCAGCAGAGAUGAAACAUGAGAUCCUGAGGGACAUGAAAGAGUUCAGCAAGAGGCGACGGACAAUGUUCCAGAAACCCCCCGAGAAAUCCAAGGAGUUCUCGCAGUACCAGCUAGCAGGCCUUCUGAACAGGAACAAACUGAACCAACGCAUGGAGGGGGUUGAACGGGAGAUGGCUCAGCGGGGUCUGGGGGUGCUGCAGGAGGAAAACAGGGGACGCACGGUGGAGGCACGAUCCUUGGUGUCCGAGGACACCGCCCACUACGUUCUCAUCAAAGGUUCUAAGAGUGAGGAGAAAACUUCGGAAAAGGAGGUGACUUCUGUGCCUUGGACCAGCUGUGAUUGGGUUGGCAGACAAAAACCGGAGCCUCUGUGGCACCCUCUGUCUGAGAAGAGCCCUGAGAAGAAGCCUUCCUCCCUGUCAAAGAACCCCAUUGCCCAGGAUGUAGCUCCUUCAUCCUCACUCCCCCCUUCCCCUCGCACCCUGAAGGCAAUCCAGGCUGCCAUGAACAGCAGUUCUGAUGAGGAGAGCCAUGUCUCCAGUCCCGUGGCUGUCAGGAGCCAGCAGCCCAAUGAGCAACUGUCUCCUCGUACGUUGCUUGCCAUCCAGCGUGCCUUGACUGAGGAGGAAGCAGAUCCUUGUACUCCUGUGUAUCAGUCCAGCACAAGAGUGACCCCACUCCAAAGAAGUCCCAUCCAGCAACUGACAGACUCUGUUAACAGCUCAGAGAGGGAGAUGGACGACUCCACGGAAAAGAAGGAUGUUCGCUCAGGCUCACUGUUGGACAGCAAGGAGCUGAGUGUUAACUGUGGUAAUGUCGCAGUCUCAAAUGUUGGAUUGACUCCACCGGAUUCUGAGUCAUCUCUCUCCUCUACUCCUCAGCUGGAGGAGGAAGCAGAAAAAGAGUCAAAACCAGAUACAAAUCCAGAAUCGGAACCAUUAAAUUCUCCACACGGCCUGAUUCUGGAGAGAUAUGAGAGUGAGGGGAGUGGGCUGCAGUUAGGGCCUCGGUUAUUGCCUUCAGAUCAGUGUUCUCCACCCAGUAGACAGCAAAUGACUUGUGUUCCUGACAGUUCUCCUGAAGACAGUACCCAAGUGGCUGAGGAGGUAGCCACUGAGAGAGUGUGUGUGACCACAGAUGAUGAUAAUGACUCUGAAGCAAAUUUUAUUGACGUGUCAGAUCUAGAGGAAGAGGAGAGUGAGGAAGAAGGAAAAGAAGAAGAGCCAGUGCCAGAGGAAGUCUCUACGAAGGAAAUGAGGAGUGAGGGCGGUUCCCUGGCAGAACCACCCAGCCAUGGCCCUCCCCAGUUGGAUGGUGCUGAUGAGGAGAAAGAGAGGAUCCAGUCUUCCCAGGAAACCUUGGCUGAUGCUGCUGACAAGCAGUGGGAACAUAUGGACGUGGAGGAGCUGUUACAGCUGGAGAGCACUCUGCAGUCAGAGCAGAGUACCCUGGAAGCACAGAAACAGCAGCAGGAGCGCAUGGCUACCACCAUCACAGGGCAGAUGUACCUAGAAAGCCAGGAGUUACUCCGCUUAUUUGGUGUGCCUUACUUUGUGGCCCCAAUGGAGGCCGAGGCCCAGUGCGCAGUGUUGGAGCGUUUGGAUCAGACGCACGGAACCAUCACUGACGACAGUGACAUCUGGCUGUUUGGUGGCCGACACGUCUACAAGAACUUCUUCACCCACAACAAAUACGUGGAGCUGUACCAGUACCUGGAUAUUCAAAACCAGCUUGGUUUAGAUCAGAGCAAGUUGAUCAACCUGGCCUACCUGCUGGGAAGCGACUACACAGAGGGUGUUCCAGGAGUGGGCUACGUGACGGGCAUGGAGAUUCUCAACGAGUUCCCUGGGUUAGGCCUUGAGCCAUUGACCAACUUCAGCAAGUGGUGGUCAGAAGCCCAGGAGAAUAAAAAGUUGGCACCCAACCCGAAUGACACAAAGGUGAAGAAGAAGCUGAGAAAAAUCCUGCUGCCGCCUGGCUUCCCAAACCCUGUUGUUGCCCAGGCUUAUUUACACCCCACUGUGGAUGACUCCUGCACCUCUUUCUCCUGGGGCCAACCACACAUGGAGCUUAUCAAAGAUUUCUGUCUGAGUCGCUUUGGAUGGAGCAGCAGGAGGACAGAGGAGGUUCUGCAACCAGUUAUGAAGCAGCUGAACAUGCACCAGAAACAACUCAGGAUUGACUCCUUCUUUCGCUUGGAGCAGCAGGAGAGGCAGGUAAUCCGGAGCCAACGUCUCCGCCGUGCUGUCACAUGCCUCAAGAGGAAGGAAGAGGAGGAAGAGAAUAGCAUGGAAGAAGGGGCCUGCUCCCCAGUAAAGGCCAAGAACAUGAAGAGCACGGAGACAAAGGCAGAGGGUUCGGCCACUUGGGGAGGGGGUUUCUUAGCAUCGCAGGACGUAAUUCCAAACUUUGGAGGAGAUGAGGAGAGGACUACAGAGGGAUCAGAAACUCUGCACACACCUCCCGAGGCUAAGUCCAAACUAAGUCCUAUCAAAGCCGGACGCAGCAGUAGCAGUUCAGAGGGUGACAGCGACACUGACAUUGGGGUUGCCAUGGUCACAGCACGUUCAGUGUUUGAGAAUAAACCACGAGGUCGAGGCAGGAGAAGUGGGCGAGGAAGGAACCCAAGAAAGAGAUGAAAACUUAUGCACAUUCCUAUAUGAUCAUGGUAAUACACAAGGAUGUCACUAUGGUGCUUCUUUUUCAGUGAGAAGAAAUGCUCUGUGAAUGUGAUUUAUUUCCAGUGUCAAAGUUUCGAUAUAAAGGACAAUGUGCAAAUUAUGUGAAGAACAUUCUGAUAUGAAUUUUUUUUCUUUGUGAAAAUGAAUUUUAUUCAUUGUAAAUGUAAACAGAUGCAACAAUACUUGGAUCCUUGUAGCUGUGGUUUAUUUCUGUAUCUUUUUUUUCUGAUGAGAUCUACAUCUUAUGUACUGUUUUUAAUAAUAAUGCCUUUCUGGUACAAUGACUUGCCUUGAAAUGUUGAGCGACAGAAAUGCCUUUUCUAUUUAUAAGAUAAAUAGAGCACUAAAAAGUAAUCUUGCCUGUCUGU